CCGCCCCCGUCCAAUUCUUCUAGGUUCUAGCCGGUCGAGCUGAUCAGCUCUAGCGCCGCACCUCCCUAGCCCUGCUCUGCUUGCUCACUCUCACGGCAAGCUAGCUAGCACCAUCGACCACAUCGUCUCAUCGGAGAAGAAAGCUCUGCGAGAAGAGGAAUUUGAUUGCGAUGGGCUCGGAGACGUUCGUGGAGAUCCUGCUGGCCAUACUGCUGCCGCCUGUCGGCGUCUUCCUCCGCUACGGCAUCGGCGUGGAGUUCUGGAUAUGCCUGCUGCUCACCGUGCUGGGCUACAUCCCGGGCAUCAUCUACGCCAUCUUCGUCCUCGUCGCUUAGUUUCAGUUUCAGUAAUUAACCAGUUCGGACUCGUCCAAAUAUAUCGAUCCCAGGCAUCUCUGUUCCAGUUGCUCUAGCUGUUCAUGGAUGAGCUGCUGGCGCAUCGGUGCAAGCAGGAUCUCUGCGCCAUGAAUAACCACCAUGCAUGCCGGUUCAGUUACUAGACCAGCUACUACUGUU